UGUACAAAUUGAAAAGAGUCAGCAAAGAGCACCCUCACACUCUCGGAUCUUGCACGAGCUGAAAAAUGACCACCGGUGUGGAGCGACUAUUCGAAGAACUUGGACACUUUAAAAGGUUUCAGGCAUGUGUCUACUUUGCUGCUAUUUUCCAGGCCAUCUCCUGUGGAAUACAUUACUUGGCCUCUGUUUUCUUAGUUGAAACACCAAAAUUUAUUUGUGAUGCCCCUCCAAAUAUCACAGAUGUCCUAUAUGGAAAUCACUCGUCAACCUUGUUAAUAGAUAUCUGGACUCACUACAAGCCAGGUUCCGGACCAGUGGUUGUGCAGACUGCAAGAGGAGACCAAUGGGAACUUAGUCCUUGUUUCAAAGCACUGCGGGUUGAUGCCAUCAAUUUUCAAUAUGAAUUUUUUGGCAACAAGACUGUGGUGUCUUGUAGUGGCUUUGUCUAUGAUCAUAGUGAGGUCCAGCAGAGUAUCGUAACAGACUGGGACCUGGUGUGUGAGAAGGAAUGGCUGGCCAAGCUCACACAGCCAACUUUUAUGUUGGGAGUUCUGAUUGGAGCAUUGGUAUUCGGGGACAUCGCUGACAGAAUCGGCAGAAGGCCCAUUCUGAUUGCUACCAGUUUGUGCCAGUUUGCAUUUGGCAUCAUUGUUGCAUUUACAGGAAACUACUACCUUUUUGUGGCGAUGCGUUUCCUGCUGGCCACCGUGUCGAGUGGGUAUCUGGUUGUAGUCUUUGUGUAUGUGACAGAGUUUACAGGAAUUAAAGUGCGCACAUGGACCUCUAUGCAUGUGCACGCAGCCUUUGCUGUGGGCGUCAUGAUAGUGGCUCUAGUGGGGUACCUUGUUCGCGUCUGGUGGAUCUACCAGAUCCUCCUCACCCUCAGUACCUGUCCAUUCUUGCUCUACUGCUGGAAGCUUCCAGAAACACCCUUCUACCUCAUGGCUAAAGGCCAGUUCAAGGAGGCCCAGGAGCUGCUGGACACAAUCGCCCACUUCAAUGGCCUGCCACCCACACUUAAGGUUUCAGAUCUAAAGGAAGAUAUUGAUGGAGCACUGCUGACGGGAGACAGGAAAGCAAUGGAAGCUGAUAAGAAGCUAAGCAUCCUGGACAUGUUUGGAAGCUUGAAAAUGGCCCAUCGUAGCGCCACCUGCUGGGCUAUUUGGUUUAUCGGAAGCUUGGGAUACUAUGUCUUUAGCCUGGGGUCUGUCAACUUGGGAGGAAACCAGUAUAUGAACCUCUUCCUUGCUGGUGCUGUUGAGAUUCCGUCAUACUUGAUUGGCUGCUUUGCUAUGGAUCGGGUGGGCAGGAAAAAGACAUGUGUCCCAGCUCUGCUGCUCAGUGGAGUAGCCUGCAUGCUCAUUAUUAUGGUGCCCCAGGAUAUUGAGGUCUUGGCUAUAGUCCUGAGUAUGACAGGGAAAUUUGCCAUUGCCAUUGCAUUUGGUCUGGUUUACUUGUACACCUGUGAGCUUUAUCCCACUAUGAUCAGGUCUCUGGCAGUAGGCAGUGGUAGUAUGAUGUGCCGGGUGGGAAGUGUGGUGGCCCCUUUCUGUGUUUACCUUGCUGACACAUGGAUCUACCUGCCUCAGCUUAUUGUGGGAAUUCUGGCUUUCAUCAUCGGAAUCCUGACCAUGUUUCUUCCGGAAACUCUUGGACAGCCCCUCACGUCCACUUUGGAAGAGGCUGAGGCUCUGGGCUCCAAGCCCAGCAAGAAGAAUGCUGCAGUGGAUGGGGUAGAGAUGAAUCAAACCAAUAAAGUUUGAAUCAGAGAUGUACUUUAUGAAGUACUUUGUUGAGUUGACAUGGAACGACCCUGCUUUGAUUUUAGUUUAAUCUAGGUUUAAAACAGUUUUGACAGAUUUUUGUAAGUUCCAUUUUCAAAUAGAAUAUAUGAAAAACCUCUUUUGCCAGCUGCUGUAUACUUGCAGUACAGUCCAAUUCUGUAUUAGCAAAGAGACAAAUGUGGUUUUUAAUACAUAUGUGAUAUGUGGAUUUGAGACAAAUUUUUGGAAAUUAGUCCACAGUAUGUGUGAAUGUGUGCUUAUAAAUUUGAGUGUGAAAAAGUGCAUGCAGCAGCCCAAAAAUGCCCCAGAGUUGAAGAGGUUAAGGUUGAGGUAUUUGUGAAUAGAUAUGAGUUUUGUGAUUGAAUUUUAGACAAGUAAUUAUACUUUUAUUAUAUAAAGGGAUAGGCCUAAAAUUGGGUGGCAUAUUUAUUUUGGCUUAACAAAGCCAGCAUACUGUUAUUCUACAGAACUUUUUGAGGGGUUUUCCAAAAUUCCUUAACCGAGACUAAAAUUAUCAAUUGUAACUCCUAGAUCUAGCGCUUUCAAGCUUCACUAAACUUGGCACAGACCUUCAGACAGUUCUGACUAAGGUUGCUAUGUUUUUUCUAAUUGAUUGGACUUACGGUAUUCACGUAAUGGACAACUGAAAAUCCCCAAAAUCCCCAAAAUCCCAUAGACAUCCAUUGAUAGACUGUUUAAACUGACCAAGAUUCUGUCAUGGUAUGUUAAAGGUGCUGGAAAAGUAUGCAAAAAAUGUUCUUACUCCCUUAAAGAUAUUAAUGAAAUAAGUGUCCUGAGAUAUCUCACUGGUCUCUGUGACAGCUGUAGACUUUGUAAACAGCAAACAAAAAUGUGUCUGUGGUUGGCGGACACUGGCGUUUUUCACAUGUAAAUCAUUUUGCUCAUUCUCAUAGUGCUGUAUUUGAAGCGGAUAAUUGAGGAUAUGAUUCAUAAUGUUUGGCAGUUGAGGGCACUAUUGUGCCACUGUUGAAUUUGACAUCCACAGGAACAAACAAUGCUGCUCUUUUGCUCGGUUUUGGUCUCAAAAUUAUCUUUGGAGGGCAGGUUUUGGAAUGUGGGGGUGUGGCUAAUUUAGUGGCUCAGUCACGUGAAAGCUUAACGCUAAAUCGCUUACAGCAACUUUAAUGAUUUCAAACUCCAACUGUCAAAACUCUCAGAAUUGUGGGCAAGGCCUUAAGCCCCCCUCUAUCUGUCUCUCUCUCUCUAUAUCUAUCUAUCUACUGUAGAACCAUGGCAACCAGCCAGAACACCCUGGCAACCACUUAGUAAUGCACUGUCUGUUUGUCUGCCUGUCAGGACUGUAUAAUGCUUAAACGUCCAACUUUAAAACAAGGCUUUGUCAAGCCAACAUCAAAGAGUGUCUUGACAAACUAUCUCUUUUUAUUUUGAGGUUCUUUCUUUCUUUUUUCUUUAUGUGUGUGAUUGUAAAAAUUAUGGUUACAAUAUAGUAUUUUUUCAGAACAAAGUACUUCAGAUUGAAGAACUGUUGACAUUUUGCAAUGCAAUUUAAACCAUUAAAACAUGACUGAACAUUUGGAUACACUAAUAUAUUAUGUAUUUUAAACACAAUCUACCUAAGUUUACUGACUGUAUCAGCUAGACCUUAGGCCAAGCCUUACUCCACUUCAGUGGACAAGGGAAACUCAUGUUUAUUAUCAGUUAACUGUGUAAUGAGUUUCUUUGCAUUAGUAGUUGAAAGACCUUGUUUGUAUGAAGCUGUUUUUAUAUACACUUGCAUCUAAGGGUUUAGAUCAAGGUUCAUCAGUAUUGUUCAUAGUAAACUGUGAACUGUCAAAUUUUUUUUUUAAUUACAAUUUUGGCUUCCAAUGAUUAGAAAAACAAGAUAAUCAAGAUAAAACAAUUAUUGUGCCGCAUUCUGUUUCGCAAUGAAACACCCCGGCGUUAUAUCUUUAAAGCAUCCUUUAUUAAAAUUCAAAUUAUAAGGAAGCAUGUUAUGAAAAUGAACUCCGUAACUGGCAUUUCUCUGUGCGGUCAGCGCCGCGUCUAUGAGUUUCGUGAAGUAACCGCGGAAGAGACUGAAUCUUCUCCCGGCUGAUGCACACUCUGGUGCUGGGACUCGUGUGUGUUUGCUGCAGCUAGAUUAUAACGUGAUGGCUCGCGACGUACUGAAUAAUAAUGUGUGUCGCAUUCACUGUGUGUAUCUUUUUAUUAAGAAAAUCGGCGAUACCCAGCUCUAUUAAGAAGAGUAAGUUUGUUUAUUGUGAGUUAAAGAUGGAUCAAAGUGAACAUAAAGGUGAGGGUGUAGUUUUAGCCCAUUAUACACUGGAACAAAAGUUUUUGAUUAGUCUUUUUUUGGCUUGUUUUCCAAAAUAAUAUCUAAAACUCAUUUAAAACACCAUACAUUUACUUUAGGAGCUAUACUGCAGAAGAAAAAAUUGUUCUCGGAGAGUAUUGAAUACAAUAUUUAAUCAGGGCUCGACAUUAACGCUUGUCCGGGACAAGUGGAUUUCUGAAAGGGCAAGUGAAAGAGAAUUUUACUUUCCCCACCGGACAAGCAGACUGAUUAAAAUGCCAAUAAUGCUAAAAUAACCAGCUAUAUGUGAUAGCCUAGGCCUGUGCCACAAGUUCAUAUUUUUAUUCUGCUGUUGACGUAAUUUUAUCAUUCGCAAGCCAUCUAGUAACAGCUGCGCCCUGUUUGAUUGACAGGUGGCGUAUGCGUGUGUGCUCAACAUGCACGUGUGUGAAAAUGCUCGUGCUAAUGCGCACCUGAACGGUCAAACACAUUCUGCCAAAUUGCCCGUCUUGGUGAGGUAUUCAUGUAAACACAGUGAGUGAUGUCUAAAGUGAACGUAAACAGCAGUGAAAAAAGCGGAUUUGUAUUAAAAUGUCGGACUUGUAAGUAUAAAUGUAAGCUAAUAGACCUGCUGCUCUCUAGUGUGUCAUUAUAAUAAUCAAUGAACCAUAACAAGAAAACAAGAAAACACUCACUGCUCCUGACUGGGUAACUUUAGUAGCUUUAAAUAGUAUUAAUGUAUUAUAAUCAUACAGUGAAGACCAGUAGUAGUUUUAUGUUGCAUUUCAUUCUGAAUGUUUACUUUGAUACUGCUGUCAAACAUUUUAAAGCUGUUAAAAAAAGCACUGAAUUUUCUUAAUUUGUAUAUAUUUAUUCUAUUAUUUCUAAUUUAUUUCUAUUCAUUGCUGUUUUUCAUUGUUAUUUUAUUACUGACUGUUUACUAGUCUUGAAUAAUUAAGAACUUGAAACCAUUCUCCCAUAAUUAACAUAUUAAUGUUAUUAUUUGUUGUGGUAUUAAUGCUGGUAUUGAGGAUCAUCAAAUUUCACUACCGACUACUGAAAUUUUGGUAUUGUGAUAAUGUAUAGCCUUUAUUGUACAUGGUAGAUCUUGCUGCAAUAACAUGAUGAUAAAGUAGAUCUCAUUCCAUAGAAGUGUGAGCACCCCUACUGUUAAUGAUGGUGAAGGCUUUACUUUAUUUGAAUACCAUACGUAACAUAAAAUAAUUAUCAAAUGACAAUAACCUCCUCCCCUACACAGUGCAGUUUACAUUUCAUGUUCAAGGAAAUCCACUGUUAAAAAGACAAGUUUUUUUUUUUAAGUUCAAUAAAUGCAUGAUGUUUCCAAAGUCAAUGAGUAAUCAUGUUAAAUCGUGAUCUCAAUAUUGACCAAAAUAAUCGUGAUUAUGAUUUUUGCCAUAAUCGAGCAGCCCUAUUUAUAAGGCUUUAUAAGUCUAUUCUGGGUGCCUUUGUUUUAUUUUGUUAUUUAACAUUUUCUUUAUUUGUAUCUUCCCUCCUGCUCUUCUCUCUCUCUCUCUCCAUGAUGUAAAUUGUCAAGGAAAUUUAGACUAAAUUUAUUGACUUAAUAAUCAAUGCUUUUUCUAUGUUCCACAAGCUCUUGAAUUCCCUGUGUGUUUUUGGACCAAAGAGACAGAGGCGAGUCUAGGAUUUCAGCCUUAGAAAGGGCUUAGUCCCUGAGCUUAGAGGGAUGUCACAAGUUCAAAUCUUGCUUGACAGUUUUUUACUAAACAGGCAUCUAGUUGUCAGUAUAUCUGUUACGGCUUUAUUUUGUGAUUUCACUGGAACAGAGGUUGGGCAGAUAAACGAUAGAGAAGUUGAUUGCUCGUCUGAGAGCUGUGUGUGGGGACAGCGCACCAUGCUAGAGAACAUUGUCACACUCGCCUAUGCUACUGAGGGAAGAAUAGUACUAAUAAAUACGUUUUAACAACCGAUAAGGGGAGAAUUCAGAGCGUAAUAAUUUAAGAUAAUUAUCAAAAUAAUAAUAAUAAUUGUUAAUUGCAGAUUUUUCGGGGAACCGAGAUCAAUAACAAGGGGGCUGAAACCACCCUAAAGCCCCCAAAGUUCUAAAAUCGCCUAUGCAAAAAGGUAUGCGAGUUCUGUUAUUAAAUAGUUGCUUUUAAACUUCUUCAGUCCAUAGUGGAAUCUUGCUAUAGUCUUACACCUUAUCUCCACCGGAUGUGAGUGGUGCGUCAUGUCAAAAGCAAUAGAACCCCAUUAUAAUCAAUGAUGCUGUCUACACUGGAAGCGUCCAUUGCGGCGCGUCUGUCGCAGCAACAAGAUACGGGUGUCGCGUUCCAUUUUGCGCUGCACGUGCUGCCACAACUACACAAAUUAAACGGUUUACAAAUGUUUGUGUCGACGUGUCCAGUGUAGACAGCCUCAAGCAGUUGUGACGCGUCACCGGACGCGCCCGGUGUAGACAGUGUUUUAUGCAUUUGUCAUUGCAACAAAUUUAAAAAAUGUCAUAAUAAAAUACUAAUAAAAUACUUUCAUAUUGUGUUUCAUAUUUUUCAUAUAUACCUGAAAUACAAACUUUAUUAUUAUUAUUAUUUCUGCAUCAAAUGUUUCUUUUAAACAAUUUCCUCAUAUAGAGUAUUUUUUUUCUGUGGAAAUAAAAAUAUUGAAAUUCAAUAGAAUUUUCCAUCUACCAAUCUUUUGCUUAUUGGGGAUUUAAUUAUAUGCUUAUCACAGACUGACGUGGCUUAUGUAGGAAGUACUCAAUGUCCUUUUUGUGCCGUUCACCUUCUGUUCUCUGCUGACAAGAAGAAUUUACAGAGAACCUACUCAUGGAAAGGUGGGAAAUAUUUCCCAGGUUAGUGGGUGUGAGGCAGGCAAAUCUU